AAUAAAUGUUGGGUGUAAUUAGAAGAGUAGUGUAGUUUGUUAUGAAGCGAUUGAGUAUGUGAGGGAAUUCUAUUAACUAUAUAAUACGAUCGAGGUAUUUUCAUUGAAAAUAUGCUUCUGAAACAACCUAUUGAAAAUCAAUGUCUGUUGAAAUGAAUGCAUCAUUUCACUCGUAUUCGGAUAUCCUAGCGGCUCACCAGCAAGAUUCUCCUAGUCCGGAAAACUUUACUCCAGUCAUUAUUGGUUAUAGAAAUAAUAUUUCUACUAAAGAACUUGCUGAUAGUAACUCAAACAUAUCUGCAUCUCACUUGUCGUUCAUGGAUGAAUCUUCAAACGACUUCAUUAAUCAACAAUUAGUUCAUCCGAGUACUCCAAUUAAAGUGUGCGGAGGUUGCGGAGAUAAAAUAAGUGAUAGAUAUCUUUUAUAUGCUUUAGACAGAUAUUGGCACAAUGGGUGCCUAAAAUGUCAUUGCUGUGGAACUAUGUUAGCAGACGUUGGUUCCAGUUGCUUUACACGGCGCGGGCUAAUACUAUGUAAAAAGGAUUAUUCAAGUUUGUUUGGAUGUUCUGGAGUAUGCUCUGGAUGUGGCGAAACUAUUCCGCCUAGUGAAAUGGUAGCAAAAGCCCUUACUGGAAUUAAUAAUGUCGAUUUACAAAAUCAACAAAAACAAAUAAUGAACUGCGUUUUUCAUCUGAGAUGCUUUAGUUGCGCUAAAUGUGGAUCAAACUUGCGACCUGGCGAUAGGUACACUAUGUUGGGAGCUAGUUUAGUGUGCGAGCAAGAUUGGCAUAAAUUACUUAAAAAUCCCGCUAGCUCUAACGGAGCAUUAGGACAAAGGAAAGGAAAAGUUGGACGGCCGAGAAGGUCCAAGGAUUAAUAAAAUGUAUAUCUUUUAAACUAUGAUUAAAUUAAAACGUAGUUUAUUCAUAAAAAUUAUUUGUAUGUAAUUUAUAUAAAAAAUCAGUAACUAAAAUAAAAUUAUAUUAUAUAUAUGUGA